GCCCCACGCUCCCCCUCAGCGCGGCGGCGGAGUUCGAGCCGGCGGCGGCGGCCGGGGUGCGAUGCCGUGUUAGCCGGCGGCCCGCCCCGAGGUAGCGCCGGCGGAAAGGAGCGCGAGUUGCCGGGGCUGUGGCUGACACCAUGGGCACCGGGCGGGGGGGCGAGGCGGCCGGGCUCCCUGCGCUCCUCGGCUGAGCCCGGGGAUGUGCCGGCGCCCGGAGGAAUUAUUUUGGAACUAGCACGGAGCGGUGGGAGGAGGACGAGCGGCACAGCGUUUCACAGCUGCGAGGAGGUCGUCCGGCGGUGCUGUAUUGGCAAACAAAUAUCACUUGCUGUGUCAUAGCACAUGGAUUUCAGGACCGCCUGUGAAGAGACAAAGACAGGGGUUUGUUUGCUGCAGGAUGGUAACCAGGAGCCUUUCAAAGUGCGACUGCACUUAGCCAAAGAUAUUUUGAUGAUCCAGGAGCAGGAUGUGAUCUGUGUGUCUGGUGAGCCUUUCUAUUCUGGUGAAAGAACAGUAACAAUUAGAAGACAGACUGUAGGAGGAUUUGGAUUAAGUAUAAAGGGUGGAGCAGAACAUAAUAUUCCAGUGGUCAUUUCUAAGAUUUCCAAAGAACAAAGAGCGGAACUUUCAGGUUUGCUCUUUAUAGGAGAUGCAAUUCUACAGAUUAAUGGAAUUAAUGUGAGAAAAUGCAGGCAUGAAGAAGUGGUACAGGUCCUUCGCAAUGCAGGGGAAGAAGUGACCCUAACUGUGUCCUUUCUGAAAAGAGCACCUGCUUUUCUCAAACUGCCACUGAAUGAAGAUUGUGCAUGUGCCCCCAGUGACCAAAGCAGUGGCACAUCCUCUCCACUAUGUGACAGUGGUUUGCAUCUCAACUACCACCCCAACAACACGGAUACGUUAUCAUGUUCCUCAUGGCCAGCAUCCCCAGGACUUAGGUGGGAGAAGAGGUGGUGUGAUCUACGAUUAAUUCCACUUCUUCAUUCACGAUUUUCCCAGUACCUUCCAGGAUCAGAUUUGUGCAGGCAAAAUGCGUUCCAAGUAAUUGCUGUGGAUGGGGUUUGCAGUGGAAUAAUUCAGUGUCUUUCUGCUGAAGACUGUAUUGACUGGCUACAAGCAAUAGCAAGUAACAUUUCCAACCUCACAAAGCACAAUAUUAAAAAAAUCAACAGGAAUUUUCCCGUAAACCAGCAGAUAGUCUACAUGGGCUGGACGGAAGAACGGGAACAAGACUCCCUUCAGGACCGAAUGUACACACCAAAGUUUCUAGCACUGAGGGGUUCUUCCCUGUAUAAAUUUAUAGCACCUCCAGUCACAACCUGGGAUUGGACACGAGCUGAGAAAACAUUUUCAGUUUAUGAGAUAAUGUGCAAAAUUCUCAAGGACAGUGAUCUACUGGACCGUCGGAAACAUUGCUUCAGUGUCCAGUCUGAAUCUGGAGAAGAUCUUUACUUUUCUGUGGAACUAGAGUCUGACCUAACACUAUGGGAAAAAGCCUUCCAAACUGCAACUUUUUUAGAAGUUGAACGGAUACAGUGCAAGACGUAUGCCUGUGUUUUAGAGAGUCAUCUUAUGGGACUUACCAUUGACUUCAGCAUGGGCUUUGUCUGUUUUGAUGCUGCCACAAAGGCUGUGCUUUGGAGGUACAAGUUUUCCCAGCUCAAAGGUUCUUCAGAUGAUGGGAAGAGCAAAAUCAAAUUUUUGUUCCAAAACCAAGAUACUAAACAAAUCGAAGCAAAGGAGCUGGAGUUUUCUAACCUGUUUGCAGUCCUUCACUGUAUCCACUCAUUCUUUGCAGCCAAAGUGGCUUGUUUGGACCCUUUGUAUGUAGGCAGCCAAGCCACAGCUUCUGCUGCUCCCACAACUUCUGGUACUGGCAAAUUAAAGUAUUCUACUUGACAUCCCCCGUGACAGCACUGCCACUUAACAACAAGACAUAAAAAUGUAUAAAUAUUCAUAAGAUUUAGACCUUUGGUGAACCAUGUAUGUGGAAACCAAUCCUGGAGGCAAGACAUCUUGCAGCAUCAGCAGAUAAAUGGUCACGUGGGAUCAUAAUUUCAUCUCGGUUCUGCAAGACAUCAGUAAAUAAUCCUAGUCAAAACCCCACAAUAGGAUGGAUAUGCUUUUAGUAUUAUCUAUUUGUACUUACAUAGUGCUUUAAGCAACGUUGGAAGCAAAGGAAUAAAUGGCGAAAUGAAGCACUUGAGUGUUUAAUAAAAUUUUCGAAUUGCUGUAAUAAUA